AUGAUUGAAACUUUUCAGCUAACUAUCGAUCAAAGUAAGUUAACAAAGAGCAUAAACAGACAAAUCCAAACAAACAGUGCGAUAGAGACUGUAGUGCUUGGAAAAGUUGCCAUCAGUGACAGUGCAAUGUUAGUCAUAGACGAAUUUGUGGAAAGGUCGUGUGCUGCAGGUAUAGAAGGAUUACGUAAAGAAUUUGCAAACUUGAAAGGUUUUAUUCCUCCAAACUUUCACCACAAUCAGUGCUUGGCUAAUUUUAAUAGAAAUCGGUACAAGGAUGUAGUCUGCUUGGAUUCAACUCGUGUAGUACUUACUUUAAACGUUCCACCUGAGACCGAUUACAUUCAUGCAAACUGGAUUAAAUUAUGGGGUGUUGAUCACGUGUUUAUUGCGACACAAGGCCCAUUAGAAUCAACUGUUGGGGAUUUCUGGCGUAUGAUUUAUCAAGAGGAAGCAAAAACGAUAUUAAUGUUAGCUAAAACAGUUGAAGAUAAUAAGCAAAAAUGUGUACAGUAUUGGCCUGAAAAAGAUGGCUCAAGGAGAAAGCACGGCUGUAUGUAUGUUAGUAAUAAAAAGGUAGAAAAGGACGAUAAAUUUACAAAGAAUACAAUCGAGGUAAUUCCAGAGGGUUCUGCCAAUUCAGUUAUCUUGAAAUUGAUACAGAUGACAGAUUGGCCUGAUCGUGGAGUACCAAAAAGUGGGAUGAGCGUAUUAAGAAUGCUAAAACUUAUUGAACCUAAUGGUCCAUGUGUAGUGCACUGCUCAGCAGGUAUUGGAAGAACUGGAACUGUAAUUUUGGUUGAAACUUGCUUGCAACGAUUAUGGAAAGGUUAUAGACUUAAUGUAAGAUUUUUUUUUGAUUUUAAAUGUGAUCAUUUAUGUUUAAUAAUUGAAUAA